GCGAUUCACCUACUUUAAUUACUCCAGCUGUAACAACGAAGGUCGCUACAUAUGUAAAAAGCAUUAUAGAGAAUUUAUGACGGAUAAACGAAACAUUGAUCACAAGAAUAUGCGCAAUUCAGAAAAUGAUUACGUGCCACCACCAGUCAAGAGACCAACGGUUAUAUUCUUUCAUGGACUUAAUGAGAAACCGAUCGAGUUGGAUGCUCGAGAGAUCCUAGCUACAACUCCAAGAGGAGUAAAAAGAUUCUUGAAUGCACAAAAUGAAGAGUUGACGAGGAAAGAUGAACGGAAGUUAGAUGAAAAUACAAAAAUAUUCACACGAGAUAACGAAUAUUCGGAAAUGGAGGAAGAUUCCUUACGCAAACGUCAUCGAACGUCGUUCUCCUCUUUCCAACUGAAACGACUUGAGGAAGAAUUUGAACAGGACUGUUAUAUCGUUGGAAUGAAAAGAUGGCGUCUUAGCGAAGAACUAGAAAUUCCUGAAAAACAAAUCAAAAUUUGGUUCCAAAAUAAAAGAACAAAAAUGAAGAAACAUUGUAUAAAUUGCGAGCAUAAGUGAUAUGCUGUGCUCCCGUAGAUUAAUUUGAAUAAAACGCUCAUGAUAAAUGAGACGGUUUAGUAUAUAUACGCCUGUAAAUUAUUGUAUGACACCAGAAUGCCUCAUGAGCAUCCUAAUUUUAUUGAGCAGCUUGCUUUCAUUUAUUAAUUGUUAUAGAUUUUUGCAAAGAUUUUGAAGGGGUUUCUCCCGUUGUGGGAAUUGUGUUUGUAAUAAAGUUCA